AUGAGUUCCAAUCGCCAGUCGUUAAUCAAACAACCAUCCACGCUGCUGCCCACAAAGAGAACAAGCAUGGGCAUCAAUGUCGCCAUGAAUAAUAACGAAGGUGCUGUUGGUGAAGAGAAUAAGAAAAACAUAUCAAGUUUACCCAAACCAUCUGGUAUCCCAAGACCAAAUACGACACCUACAAAGACAUCCUCAUACCUUACUCCCUAUGGCUACAAAUCUCCUUCUAAAUCCAACCAUCAAGAAAGAAGGAAAAGUUUAAAAGAACAGAUUGAUAUCAAGGAGAAAGACUUUACAGAGUUGAAAAAUUCAAUAUUGUCACUUAAAACUUCAAAACAGCAAUUGGAAUUCGAUAAUCAAGUGCUAGAGGAGAAAUUGUCUGCACUAAACAAAGAUUUAAAGAUCAAAUCCAACAAAAUUGAUAAUUUAGCUUCAAAGAAAGAUGAAGUUCAAAUUGAUAUCAAAAGAAGUUAUGAAUUACAAUUGAAACAAUUAAAAGUUGAAAAUGAAUCUUGCAUGUAUGAAAUUGAAAAAAAAUAUAAAAAUGAGAUUGAAAAAUUAUUAUCACUCAAAGUUUCAGAGAUUCAAUUACAGAAAACUCAAUUACGUGAUAAAAUAUCUAGUUUGAAUAAUGAUAUUCAAAAUAAUGAAGUCAAUUUCCAAGAUAAUUUAAAUUCAUUGCGGAAACAAUAUUAUACAAAGCAAGUUGAACUGAAUAAAUUACUUUUGGAAACAAGAAUUACAUUAGAAGAUGAGUGCAAGGACCUUGAUAAUAAACAUAAAGAACUUGAAAUUGAAUUAAUGGAAACUGAAAAAGAACUACAAGGUGAAACAAAAGCAAAACAAGAUCAACUCAAGAAACUUGAAGAAACUGAAAACUCAACAAGGGAUGCUGAAUUACAUUUAAAACAACUUCAAGAAACCUUGGAAACUUUGGAACAAUCGUUAAAGGAGAAAAAAUUUAAAAUUCAAGAUACUCAAGCAGAUAUUCAAUGGAAAUUAUCUGAAAAGCAACAUUUUGAACAACAAUUAAUCCAUGAAGAAGUCAUGAGAAGGAAACUUCAUAAUAAAAUGCAAGAAUUAAAAGGAAAUAUUAGAGUUUUCUGUCGUAUAAGACCACCACUAGGACCAGAAAUUGAAGAUGUUGUUGAAGUUCAAGUUCCAGAUAAUGACGAAGAAGAACAAGAGAUUGUAUUAAAGGAUCCUAAACCAAUUAGUGCUGGUUCAUUUAAUGGUAACUCACAAACCAAAAAAAUUUAUAAUUUCCAAUUUGAUAGAGUUUUCCAAAUGGAUUCAACAAAUCAAGAAAUUUUUGAAGAGAUUUCUCAAUUAGUUCAAAGUGCAUUGGAUGGGUUUAAUGUUUGUAUAUUUGCUUAUGGUCAAACAGGUUCUGGUAAAACAUUUACAAUGUCAAAUGAAAAUGAUGGUAUGAUUCCAAAAGCUGUGGAACAAAUUUUCCAAACUGCUGAAAAAUUAAGUGCACAAUCAGGUUGGGAAUUUAAAAUUUUUGGUGAAUUUUUAGAAAUUUAUAAUGAAAACAUUAAUGAUUUAUUAGGGAAUCCAAAUAAUAUUGAUAAAUUAAAAUUAGAAAUCAAACAUGACACAAUAUUACAGAAAACUUUUGUUAAUGAUUUGACAAGUGUUGAAUUGGAAAAUCCCAAGAUGGUUAAUGAGAUUUUAUCAAGAGCUUUGAAAAACAGAUCAAUAGCUGCAACAAAAGCCAAUGAAAGAUCUUCAAGAUCUCAUAGUGUUUUCACCAUAAGAAUUCAUGGUUUUAAUCCAAAUACAAAUGAAAAAAGUGAAGGUGUUUUAAAUUUAAUUGAUUUAGCAGGUUCUGAAAGAUUAAGUCAUUCACAAGCAAGUGGUGAUCGUUUAAAAGAAACUCAAUCAAUUAAUAAAAGUUUGAGUUGUCUUGGAGAUGUUAUUUAUUCAUUAGGCUGUGAAAAUUCAAAACAUGUACCUUUUAGAAAUUCAAAAUUAACUUAUCUUUUACAAUAUUCAUUGAUGGGGAAUUCCAAAACUUUAAUGUUUGUUAAUAUAUCACCUUUUAAACAACAUUUUAAUGAAACUAUAAACUCACUAAGAUUUGCUACAAAAGUUAAUAGUACCAAAAUUGGAACUGCCAAAAAAAAUACUUUAUGA